AAUAUAUUCUUGGAACAAAAAUAAUUUGUUAUUCCUUGAACAAUAUGGACAAAAAAUGCGCCAAAUAGACACCCCCUAGGGAUCAACUCUUUAAGUUUUGUUCCUACUACAAUCCCAAUAAGUCAACGGUCGUCGUUCUCAUUUAAUCGGCCGCACACCGUCGUUUUUCCAUUCAGAAAUCUCCGUCUCCGCCUGCCGGAAACUUCACACUCAAUUCCACCGCCGUCGCUCAUGUCGAUUCCACCACCUCUUCAGCUCUUACUCGCCUGCCUCGCAGUCUUCAGCUGCCGCCAUUUCGUGGCUUCUCACCAGGAGUCCGGCGACUGGCACUGCGACCCCGACGACGAGGCCCGAAUCGCGGCGGAAUUCAGGCCCGGAAUCGUAACCCUCGACGGCCGCGCCGACGACUGGUCCAAUGUCGACGGUUUCGAGUUUCCCCUCCGCCCAGCUCUGGACCCCGACGAAGAUCACCAGUACAAAUCUGGAAAAAUGACCGUUAAGGCUUUGCAUGAUGGGAAGGAUGUUUACUUCACGUUGCAAGUUGAUGGAGAUUACGUGUAUUCCAAAGGAGAUGACCAUAAAUGCCCAUCAGUAGCCUUGAUGUUUCAAAUUGGCGACAGUGCAACAUAUCAUAAUAUGGGUGGGUGUAAGGAAUCAUCCAAUACGUGCAACAGCACAAAUUGCCGCGGCUAUGAAGUUGACAUCAUGCACUUCUCCAUUGGAAAUUCUAUUCCAGGAAGAUUGUAUGGUGGCAAUUCCGUAAAUAGUGUUGGUUUGGUUGAUAUGUAUUCCUGGAAUCCACACUGCCGGAAUAUUGACGCUAGUGCUCCUUCAGGAAACGAUUCUACUGCGCUGAAUGAUUGGAAAGGUGCAUGGUGGCACAGCAGCUUUUCAACCCAUCCAGGGUUUAUUGAGGAUGAUAGUCCUUACGGAUCGUCUGCUGAGAAAGGCAUAUACUACUUUGAAUUCUCUCGUCCUCUAAGAACUACGGACCUUCUUCAACAGGAUGCUCAAUUCAGCAUUGGGAAAUCAAGCAAAUUUUCGGCAGCAUUUUGGUACCCGAGUGACGGAAAUCCGUGGCAUGGUUCAGCACAUUAUACAAUUAGCUGUGAUUGGAUUCCAAUGGAUGUAAUCUCUGGCCUCACUUCACAACACAAGGCAGCGUCCGGGAAUGCUGCCUCUCUCUUUGCUUUCGUAUUAUCUACUGCUGCCUUUUGCGUAUCCAUCUUUGUUGCCUACAUGGUUUCUAAAAAUAAAUCCAUUCCUUUUACCCCAAUCGACGAUCGUCUCUAAUUUUCCUUCUCUCUUUCUUUCUUUCUUUCUGUUUUUCAUUAUCUACCACCAAAUUCUCUUUUUGAUGUCUUUCUUUCGUCACGACACGAAUAGAUGAAAAUGUCUGUAGGACGUUUUUCGUUGUAGUUUGUCUGCCUUUUUCAUUUAUUUGUUGGAAGGAAACAAUUAGGUGUAGUACCUUCUUCUUUACAUAUAUUGUAUUUUUGCUGCAUAUUGUGAAUACCUUAAAUUUACAGAGAAAUUAUUUGGUUCUGCAUUAACUUCUGUAAUUCCCCUUUUCUUACGUUAUUUGGAGGAUGCCCCAAUUUUUU